GCACUCUUACUUAUGCUUACUUCAUGCUUUCUUCAUAAACAUUGUUCGACAGUGUCCGGUAGUCACGUGUAGUAAUUCAAAAAUUUUGUGGCACUGCUUCUGAUAUAUUGAUGAAUAGUCACAAAAGCAAGAUGAAUUUACCAUUAGUAUAUUUUGAUGUAUCUGUGGAUGAAAAACCAUUAGGACGGAUUAUAAUGCAGUUACGUACUGAUGUUGUACCAAAGACUGCAGAGAAUUUCCGUGCUCUAUGUACAGGAGAGAGAGGCUAUGGUUAUAAAGGAAGCUAUUUCCAUCGUAUAAUUCCCAACUUUAUGUGUCAAGGGGGUGACUUCACAAAUCACAAUGGUACAGGUGGAAGGUCUAUUUAUGGGGAGAAAUUUGAAGAUGAGAAUUUCGAGUUGAAGCAUACUUCCAUGGGUACAUUAUCAAUGGCAAAUUCUGGUCCAAAUACAAAUGGCUCACAAUUCUUUAUUACUACUGUAAAAACACCUUGGCUAGAUAAUAAACAUGUUGUAUUUGGUAGUGUUUUUGGAGGAAUGGAUGUUGUAAGGAAAAUUGAAAGUCAUGGUUCAUCAACUGGAAAAACAUAUCAAAAAAUUAUGAUAGAAGAUUGUGGCCAGUUAUCUUGAGACAAAUUGUGAAAUAAGGACUAGAAAAACAUAUCAGAAAAUUAUGAUAGAUUGUGAUCAGUUAUUUAGAAAUAAGUUGUGAAAUAAAACGAAUUAACUUUUAUUAAAUAA